AUGGCUGAUACCAGUCCAAGAACUGAUUUCUCAACAGACGAAGACACAGAUCAUAGAGAUCUUGGGUCCGAGGGAGCACUAGUGAAUACUGCUGCUUCUGAUUCUAGUGACCGAUCGAAGGACAAGUUGGAUCAAAAGACUCUUCGUAGGCUUGCUCAGAACCGUGAGGCAGCAAGGAAAAGCAGAUUGAGGAAGAAGGCGUAUGUUCAGCAGCUGGAGAAUAGCCGCUUGAAGCUUACCCAGCUUGAGCAGGAAUUGCAAAGAGCAAGACAGCAGGGCGUCUUCAUUUCAAGCACAGGAGAUCAAGCCCAUUCUACUGGUGGAAAUGGCGCUUUGGCGUUUGAUGCUGAGCAUUCACGGUGGCUGGAAGAAAAGAACAAGCAAAUGAACGAGCUGAGGUCUGCUCUGAAUGCACAUGCAGGUGAUGCUGAGCUUCGAAUAAUAGUUGAUGGUGUGAUGGCUCACUAUAAGGAGCUUUUCAGGAUAAAGAGCAAUGCAGCUAAGAAUGAUGUAUUUCACUUGCUAUCCGGCAUGUGGAAAACACCAGCCGAGAGAUGUUUCUUAUGGCUCGGUGGCUUCCGUUCAUCCGAACUUCUCAAGCUUCUGGCAAAUCAGAUGGAGCCAAUGACAGAGAGACAGUUGGUGGGCAUAAAUAGCUUGCAGCAGACAUCGCAGCAGGCUGAAGAUGCUUUAUCUCAAGGAAUGGAGAGCUUACAACAGUCUCUAGCUGAUACUUUAUCGAGCGGAACCCUUGGUUCAAGUUCUUCAGGGAAUGUCGCGAGCUACAUGGGUCAGAUGGCAAUGGCGAUGGGAAAGUUAGGCACACUCGAAGGAUUUAUCCGCGAGGCUGAUAAUUUGAGACUACAAACAUUACAACAGAUGAUAAGAGUAUUAACAACGCGACAGUCAGCUCGUGCUCUACUUGCAAUUCAUGAUUACUUCUCGCGGCUACGAGCUCUUAGCUCCUUAUGGCUUGCUCGACCCAGAGAGUGA